GGGAGGAGGCGAUGGCGCGGGGCAGGAGCGGCGGCCGCAGGUUUCCUUUUCCGCGGACAGGAGCGCAGCCUCCGGUACGUGAAGACGAAACAUGGACGGAAUUAAGUCGUUCUGUGAGACGUAUCAGGUGUUAGAGGAUGCACUUGAGCCGAUAAAGGGUGAAGCGCUGAGCCCAGAGAUGAAGCACUGUGCCCUGUGACACUUUUUGCUGUUUUCACCACUGGAGGAUGGCUGCCAGACUCUGUGAAAAUGGUUCUGGCCAGUACCACUGCACCCACGGCAACCAAACUCUUGAAACCAGCUGCGUGUUGCUCCUGAUCAUGCUUGGAAAAGUCUUCCUUGAUUUCUUCAUGUUGCAAGUUAAGCCAAAAAACGUGAAAGCCAGUUUUAUGGGAUACUUUUGCAUUUCAGUGGCACUUCUCGAUCUCACGCUGCUGCUGAUCUUCUGUUUCAUUUUCUGUUUUGAGGACUUUGCACUCUGGGGGAUGCGGUUCACCAAGUACCACAUCUGCCUCUUCACCCAGAUCACCUCUCUCACCUGCGGGGUUCUGCACUACCCCGUGUACCUCGUGGCUGCUCUGGACUAUUACACCACUGUCUCCCAGACAUCCCACUUCUCUAAAACAGGCCAGAAAUUACUGUACGUGUUCGCUGUGGUGGUUAUAUGGAUUUCAGGGUUUUUCUGUAUUCUGAAAGUUCCCGCUGUCUAUGAAGAGCUGGAAAUUCAGAAGAGUGUCUCUCCUUACCAGUGCCCUGUCUCUGCCAGCCUGCAGAGCUACUCAGUCUCGUGUGCCAUGGUGCUGCUCCUGGGCACUGCUCUCCUGGCUCGCUGGAAGGAGGUGGUGACCACCCUGCUGUCUGCCAGGCUUGUCUCCAUCUCCAGUCAGCCUGCUUUGAUGUUCUCCUACACGUCCAACACUACCACCUGCUUUAAGUGGCAGCUCCUGAGCAGACUCCUCAUCUGCUUUCUUGGCACUUGGGCACCUUUAGUUGUUCUCCAGGUCCUGGUUGUGUUCCUGGGAGCGCGGAUUCCGGCCUACGUGGACAUGAACGUGCCCUGGCUGUACUUCAUCAACAGCUUCCUCCUGGCAGCCAUGUACUGGUGCCGGUGCCACGAGGUCGAGCUGGCAGAGGGGCCGUGGAGCUCAGACCCGUUUGUCAGCUGGAAAUUCUGCUUUGUGCCGUUUGACAAUGAAAACACAGAGCCAGCUGAUGAGCCGGGUGUGGUGAUUGUCAUCUGUUAAUGAGCUGCUGGCUGGAAAGGCUGCAGUAAGUGUGGGCGCUGAGGGUCGGUGGCUGGGUCCUCACAGACAACACAAGGAAACAGCUCCAGAGCUACACUCCAUGGAAAAAAGUCCAAUAUUGUAGUGAAUGUUGCACUGGAGUGCAGGACACUGGUCCCAGUGCACUGCAAGCAGUCAGUUCACGGGAUUCAACCUCAGAUUACAUGUUUAAAAGACCACUGCUUAUAUAAGCCAACUUUUCUGUUAAACCUCAUGUUUGUGACAGAAUUUUACAUUUCCUUUACAUGGAAUGAUCUCAGGUUUUACAGUACAAAAUGCAAUA